UUGGUUGCUCUCUCGAUAGUCUCGAUUCGCAAAUUCGUUUAAAAUAGGAAUCCCUGCACACGAGGAGCGACUGACUUUGGGAUCCCCAAGGCUCGGUCAGCCUAAUUUUCCCCGUUCCCCGUGUAUUGGCUCAACUUUGUGAAGGAAGACAAGAGCCGACCGAAACAACGAGAUGGACCAUAUUAACUAUAAGGUUGUGUUCUGCUUGCUGGGAGUAAUCUUGGUCGUCGGACCAUGGCUACAGAUUUUCUGUCUUUGUGCCUUGGCAUUUUACCUGUGGAAUGCCCAGAAAAUUUCCAUCAUUCUUCGGACUCUGCCUCGAGACCUUGGGUUCAUAACCAAGCUGUAUAGGAUUAUCCGUAAAAACCAGAUUUUGAAGGGUAGGAAUUUCACUCCUGCGUCCAUGCUGUCUGAUUUGGCCGCAAAGUACCCGGAACAGCCGUGCUUUUUGUUUGAAGACCAGGUGUGGUCCUACAAGCAGGUCAAUGAGCUGAGCUGGCGAGUCGCCCGAGUCUUCCACGAACGUGGUUACAAGCGGGGUGACGUUGUGGCCCUUGUAAGCUCCAACAGACCCGAGUAUGUGGCCAUCUGGGUUGGGUUAUCCCGCCUCGGCGUGAUUACAGCGUUGGUCAACAACACUCUAAGAAACAUCGCUCUUCAACAUUCGCUCGAAGUGGUUAAGCCAAAGGGCGUCAUUGUUAGUGCCGAACUGUGCCCUGCUGUGAAAGAAGUGGAAGAGGACAUUUCUGCCAAACCCACGUUGUUCAAAUUCUGCGGAGCUGACCAACAAUCCCAACUGGAAUCGCCCAGCAUUGGAUUUGAAUUGCUGAACUCUGCGUUGGACCAACAACCUGGCACCCCGAUCAUUGGAUUGAUGCCGCCCAGCUACAAGGAUGAGCUCAUUUACAUCUACACGUCUGGAACGACUGGUCUACCAAAGGCAGCAGUGCUCAGGAGCUCAAGAUAUCUUUUCGGAACCCUUGCUGCUAGAUACUUUGCCAACAUCACCAAGGAGGACAGAAUUUACAACCCUCUACCGUUGUACCAUUCUGCUGGAGGAGUUGUUGGAGUUGGCCCCGCGAUCACAAUGGGCGUUUCAUGCGUCAUCAAAAGCAAGUUCUCGGCCUCAAAAUACUUUGAAGACUGUGCGAAAUAUGAGUGCACUGUGGGCCAGUAUAUUGGUGAGAUGUGCAGAUACCUGCUUGCAACUCGGCCUUCGGAAUACGACCAGAAGCACAAAAUCCGCAUCAUGCUUGGAAAUGGCUUGAAGAAGAAUGUUUGGCAAAGCUUUGUGGAUCGAUUCAACAUAAACGGAAUUGUUGAGUUUUACGGUGCUACUGAAGGAAAUACCAAUAUUGUUAAUAUUGAUGGAACUGUGGGUGCUGUUGGCUUCCAACCUAGACUUCUACCAGAUUUCCUCAAUCCGAUGGGACUGAUUAAGGUGGACGAAGAAACCAGCGAGGUGUUGCGAGGACCAGACGGUCUGUGCUUCCGCUGCUUGCCUGGAGAGCCAGGCAUGUUCGUUGGCAAAAUAAAGGAAGGAGACGCAACCAGGGAAUUCCACGGCUACGUUGACAAGAAGGCUUCAAGCAAAAAGGUGGCCACAAAUGUGUUCAAGAAGAAUGACAAAUACUUCCUCUCAGGCGACAUUUUGGUGAUGGACGAGCUGGGCUAUUUGUAUUUCAAAGACCGAACUGGAGACACGUUCAGAUGGAAGGGAGAAAACGUAUCUACGACUGAAGUGGAAAAUGCAAUCACCAAAGCAGUUGGAUUGCAAGAUGCCUGCGUGUACGGUGUGGAGAUCCCUAACACAGACGGUAAGGCUGGCAUGGCCACAAUUGUUGAUGCAGACGACACCGUGGACAUCAGCAAAUUGGGAAAAUCUUUGGCAAAAUAUCUGCCGCCAUAUGCUCAGCCCUUGUUCAUUAGAUUAGCCAAGAAAAUCGACGUGACUAGCACCUUUAAACUGAAGAAGUUCAAUCUGCAAAAGGAGGGUUUCAAUCCAGCAAAUGUCGGCUCUGAUCGCUUGUAUUUCAGAGUGAGCAAAGAUGGGGACUUCAAAGAGCUCACAUCAAGUUUGUAUGAAGAGAUAGUAGCUGGGAAAGUUCAGUGCUGAGAUUCCAGAGGUCAUAAGUGACAAAGUGGCUACUGAAAUAUAUGUUAAGAAAUUUGUAGUUUUGGUUUGUUUUGACUGAUUUUUCAACCAUCAGAAGACUGUUUAUCUUGUAAUUUGCAACGUUGAUCGCGCAAAUGAAUCGCCGACCUCUUCUGACUUAUCAAGAAUAUUUUUUUUUAAUUCAACCAAAAUUUCAAGACUAACUCAUGAGCUCACAAACGACACCGAUUGCUCUUAUUUGGAAUGUUCUAAAUACAAAUUUUUCUAAAUAAGUAAUAUAUUUUAAACAGCAUAAAUGCCAACUAAAAAUCUAAAAAUAUCACAUUUGUGUGUCACAAAGUGUGAUUUCACCUCAUAAAAUCUACCUUUUCUGCAUUUCUUCGCCAGAUUUGUCAUUCAUACUCACUAAAAAAAUGUAUUUGUCAUGGUAGUAAAAAUAUGAUGUGAUAAUUGUAUUCAAGUUUUCUCGAGCAAAUAUUUUGACUGAUCUUGUCGAGAUAUUAAGGUCGUAAUAUUUUGAUAGCAAGCUGGCUUAAAUGCAGAUAUAAAAUCUCAAAACUAGUUAUAAUUAUUUCAAACAGCCGCAUUUAAUGAAAUAUUUUGCCACACCAAACCGUUAACAAACAAUAAAGGUAAAAACACUAUGUAAA